GCCAACCACAAAGAACAGCAUAGGGCACGAGUUAUUCAACAAGUAGGCGAUUGAGCCCAAAAUUUCUUGAAAAAUGAAUGACCUAAUUAUACAUGACCUCACGUAACGCUUCGAAAUCACGCUGGGGCCACGCCGGAUACACGUACAAACCUCGUGACUGCGUAUCUCAACAAGGAGCUUUUAUCUCAAGUAACAAGUGACCUCCCAGUUCACAAAAGAUCAUCGAGUCGAGACGCUGGCAUUCUUAUUAAACGCUGCAAGCAUUGAUUUCACCAUACCAAAGUAGACCCUACUGAAGGAUGGACCUGAUUACCGUGCAAGUUCUGACCCUCCUCGGACUUCUAGUCUCAUGUUUGGGGUUCUCCUUGGUCCCCCUGCUUCUGGCAUGGAAGGCAUCCAGGCCGUCAGCAAUAAGCAACCGGCUGAGCCGGUUCCGCUUUCUUGGCAAGGUGAACAGCUUCGUGGGGGGAGUUUUAUUCGCGACCGUGUUUCUUCACUUGGUUCCAGAAAUGAGGGAGGACCUAGAGGCCAGUAUGCGGGCGCACGGGUUCGUUACGGACUACCCCAUGGCCGAACUGGUGACGUGUGUUGGGUUUUUCAUAGUUCAGGUGGUGGAGACUUUAACAAGUCUUUGUUCGCCUCGUGGUCAGAGUCCGUCCCAAGAUGUGGGUCGGGACCGACAAACGGACGGUACAGUCGGUGGGGAGGACACAACAAGUCCAUCGGAACCCAUCCAAAUGGACAACAGGACAACCGAGAAUCCGUCAGCACAAGGGACUGGGUCAGAAGACACGUACAGCCGACUUGUCGAGUCAAGUGACAAUGCACCGAGCCCGGGGGGAAGAUGCGUGCUUCACACACUCGUGCUCCUUAUCGCUUUAAGCGUCCACGCCACGUUGGAGGGGAUCGCACUGGGUGUCCAAACCGUACAGUCGUCUCUUCUGUGGCUUUUCUUCGUAGUCGUCGUUCACAAGAGCAUCUUAGCCCUCAGUCUGGGGAUGAACGUCGCAACCGGUAACCUGUCGCUGCCUUACAAAGUCGUCACCUGCGUGGUCUUUAGUGUGUCAGGUCCUGUAGGACAGGGUAUCGGUCUCCUGGUGACCGACGCGGACGGCGGCGGUCUCGUCACCAGCAUUCUGCAGGGGUUGGCGGCGGGAACUCUGCUAAAUGUCACCUUCAUGGAGGUUCUCUCCAAAGAACUGAAAAAAAGUGACAAGCUGGGUAUACUGUGUGCCAUCAUCGGGUUCGCUCUCCUCGCGGGAUUGACUGCUUUGCCGGAGGGAAAAUAAAAAGACAGUGGGUA